AUGUCUGCCAAAGAGCCUCAAGAUGUUACAAGAAUCUCGUACUCUGAGAGAGCACAAAAUGUGACUCAUCCACUCUCUUGUUACCUCCUACGCCUUAUGGCCAUCAAGAAAUCCAACCUCUGCCUCAGCGCCGACGUCUCAACUACAAACCAGCUGCUCCAUCUCGCAAACGCCGUAGGGCCCUCGAUCGUCGUACUCAAAACUCACUAUGAUCUGGUCAACAACUGGGACUACAGUCCCACCCACGGCACAGGAGCCAAACUCGCACGCAUCGCUCGCCGACACGGCUUCCUGAUCUUCGAAGACCGCAAGUUCGGCGACAUUGGCAACACGGUACAGCAGCAGUACACGGAGGGCACAGCCCGGAUCAUCGAGUGGUCGCACAUCACCAACGUGAACAUGAUACCCGGGGCCGCAGCCGUCGACGCCCUGGCCGAGGCAGCGGUGCGCUGGCGCGAACGUAAACGCUACGAGGUCAAAACUGACAUCUCAGCCGGCACGCCCAGGGCUGGCAGCGUGGCGGAUUCGGACGAGGAUUCGGACGAUUCGGACGAGGCGAGAACACCUGUGCAAGAGGAGGGAGAGGAAAACGGCACGCAUGCGGGUCGGAAGGCUAGCAUUGUGUCUAUCACGACUGUGUCGCAGCACUUUGAGCCUGUGAACUCACCACGAUCGCACGAGAUUUCCGAGGAGAUACUGCAGGGUAUCGAAGAGCCACCGAUGGAAAGGGGCCUGCUUAUUCUGGCGCAGAUGAGCACCAAGGGCAAUUUUAUGACCAAGGAAUAUACGGAUGCUUGUGUGGAGAGCGCGAGGAAACACAAGGGCUACGUGAUGGGCUUCAUCUCGCAAGAGACCUUGAAUACAAAGCCUGGUGAUCAGUUCCUUAGUAUGACACCUGGCUGCCAGUUGCCUCCAGAGAAAGAUGAAGAUGACGAGGAGGAUGACAAUCCCACGAUCCAGGGUGAUGGAAAAGGGCAACAGUACAAUACACCGGCAAAGAUUGUGGGCUUGAUGGGCAAUGACAUUGUUAUCGUCGGCAGAGGAAUCAUCAAUGCUGGAGAUCAAGCUGCAUGGCAUAUAUUUCUCUUGGAGUUUUCAACCUGGGUUGAGAUGGAAGAUAAUCUGGGAUAUACAACGGCGAAAGGCGAAAUGGAAACCCCAGCAAAGGGUGUCUGUCUAGGUUCAUCCACAAUACCUAACAAUCUUCAUCCAAUCCCUCUCCUCCUCUCCAACACCCGCCGGACACACAACCCGCCCCUCAAACACGCCCAGCCUAAUCCUCGCACAAAUCCCAUCAUUCUCAGAAAGCGGCUUAAAAGCCAUCGUCUCACUAUUUUCAAUCUCAGCGCAAAAGAGAACCUCAUUAUCAAUUCCCUUUUUGCUUCCUCUCUUUUUCGUUUUCAGCAUGUCAAUAUCGAUGUCUUCUUUUUGUGUGCCGUUUUUGUCGUCGGUGAGCUCCAGUUUGAGAGUUUUCCUGCUUCUGGUGACGGUUUUGUCGACGAGAACCCAUGUCUUCGAAUCAUCCAACACCAUGAAUUCCAGCUUGACAUCGUCCUUACAUCCUUCAUACCUGCCCCCACAGUAGUCGUGGCCCCUGCAUCCCGUGAGCAGCAUCUUGCGAGCGCUGAGUUCCUCACUGAAGCGCCAGGAGCAGAGGAUGUUGCUGUAUUCGAUCUGGACGGGCUUGGCGAGGAACCUGUAGCCGACUAG